CUCCCGUUUCUCUUCCCGAAGAGUGGUCCGACCAUGCGUAUGACGUGGAGGCUCUCCAUACAAUGAAGUUCAAAGAGAUUCGUUGUCGUGGCACACCCUACGAUAUCGGGCUCGCCCAUGGUGAAGCGGCCAAGGUGGAGAUUGAGCGCGGGCUCGCAUUCUACGCCGGCCUCUUCUGGGAGGCAAGCAAGCUCCAAUGGCCUCAAGUCCGGGAGCUGGCGCGAGACUUUGAUGGCACCAUAGCAGCCCGAUGGCCACGCUACUACGAAGAGAUGCGAGGCAUUGCCGAGGGAGCCAGCCGUGAUAUUCUCGACAUUGUUGCACUAAACGUGCGGUCUGAAAUAGUGUUCGGGCAGUUUAGCGAUGGCUGUACCAGCGCGUACUGCAGGGGCGAUGCCUACUCGUACAUGGGACAGAACUGGGAUUGGAAGAAAGCACAAGGAGCAAAUCUGAUCCAGCUCACCAUUCUCCAGUCUGAUAUCCCGGCAAUCAAGAUGAUCACCGAGGCGGGAAUAAUUGGCAAGAUUGGGCUCAACGCUGCAGGCGUCGGCGUAUGUUUCAACGCCAUCCGCGCCAAAGGGCUCGACAAGACGCGGCUACCCGUCCACCUCGGCCUGCGGCUAGCACUGGAAAGCACCUCGGUCGAGCAAGCGUUGAGGAGGCUCCAGGGCGUCGGCAUGGCGAGUUCAGCGCACUUCCUGAUCGGCGACGUGGACACGGCGGUUGGUCUCGAGUUUACAUCUAGCACAUUCGCCCAGGUACCGGUCAACGACGUCGGCUUUAUCGUGCAUGCGAAUCACAUGCUGCGCGCGCACCAGGGCAUCUACGAGCCGGAGUGGCUGGAAGACUCCCCGCGGCGCGUCGAUACGAUGGGAAGGAAUAUCCUCGCGGCCGGGGUCCUGUCUUGGGGAGGAUUCUGCGCAUUGUUUGAGGACGAAACCGGGUGGCCCUGCUCGAUCAAUAGGUCAGCGGAGGGCAAGAGCGAGUUCCCAACGUUGUUCAACAUAUGCAUCGACUUGGGGAAACGAAGGGCGGUUGUGAGAGGAGGCCGGCCGACUUCAGGCGACAGUGGCCUGGUACUGUCUUUUGACGCGGGGGGAUGAUAUGCAUGCGCGCUUCUUAUUUAGCGGCUACGGCGAAGACUCGAGCCUUGUUUCUCGAGUACGAAAGAGAGCACGCGACUCAUGCCAUCGGCAC